GGUAAAGGGGCGCGUCCUUUCGGCCGUGCGCAUGCGCAGUGCAGAACCGGGCGCCUCGGUGCCCCCUCAGCGGCUCCGUCCAUGGCGGCGUCCGCCCCAGCAGGCGCUGAGGAGGAGCCCGACGAGGAGCUGCUGGUGCCGGACGCCGAGCCCUGCCCGCCGCCGCCGCCGAUCUACGUGAAGACCACGCCGGGAGGCGCCGUCCGGGUCAGCCUCGGUGGCGACGGAAUCGCGCCCGCCUCGGACACCGAUGGCGACGGGGAAGGCGAGGAAGGGGAGCCGCUGCUCGGCGCCGAGGCGCCUCCCGGAAGGGGCCGCAGGAAGCGCGGGAGGCGGCUGGCCGCAGGAAAUGUCGGAAGUACCGUGGAGAUGAAUUUAUUUCUGGAUGAUCCUGAAUUUGCAGAGAUUGUGCAGCAAACUGAACAAGCCAUAGAAUGUGGAGUCUUUCCUGAUCGCAUCUCCCAGGGUUCAAGCGGAAGCUACUUUGUUAAAGAUGCGAAAAAGAAAACUAUUGGAGUGUUUAAACCAAAAUCUGAAGAGCCUUACGGUCACCUGAAUCCCAAAUGGACCAAAUACUUCCACAAGAUUUGUUGUCCUUGCUGUUUUGGCAGAGGCUGCCUCGUUCCUAAUCAGGGGUACCUCUCUGAAGCUGGUGCCUAUCUUGUGGACAGCAAACUGGGAUUGGGAGUGGUUCCUAAAACAAAGGUUGUCUGGAUUGUCAGCGAGACCUUUAACUACAGUGCAAUAGAUCGUGCAAAGUCCAGAGGCAAGAAGUACGCAUUAGAAAAAGUGCCAACAGUUGGGAAAAAGUUCCAUCGAAUAGGACUACCUCCCAAGGUCGGCUCGUUUCAGUUGUUUGUCGAAGGCUACAAAGAGGCCGACUUCUGGCUCAGGAAAUUUGAAACGGAACCUUUGCCUGAAAAUACCAGGAAGCAAUUUCAGUCGCAGUUUGAAAGAUUGGUUGUGCUUGAUUAUGUCAUCAGGAACACUGACAGAGGCAAUGACAAUUGGCUAGUCCGGUACGAAAAGCAGCGAGAUGGGACUGACUGUUCAGAUAAGGACAUCCAGUGGGUUAAUGAAAAGGUACCGGUUAUUAAAAUUGCAGCAAUCGACAACGGUUUAGCUUUUCCCUUCAAGCAUCCUGACGAGUGGAGAGCAUAUCCGUUCCAUUGGGCUUGGCUGCCCCAGGCGAAGGUCCCUUUUUCUCAGGAGACGACAGAGCUGAUUCUUCCUCGCAUCUCUGACAUGAACUUUGUUCAGGAUCUUUGCGAAGAUCUUUAUGAACUGUUCAAGACUGACAAAGGCUUUGACAAGGCGACCUUUGAAAACCAAAUGUCUGUCAUGAGGGGGCAGAUACUUAACCUUACUCAGGCACUAAAGGACGGCAAAAGCCCCCUGCAGCUUGUACAGAUGCCUCGUGUGGUUGUGGAGAGAAGCCAUGGCGGAACGCAAGGCCGGAUAGUUCAUCUGAGCAGCGCCUUCACUCAGACGUUUCAUAGCCGGAAGCCUUUUUUUUCUUCCUGGUAGGGAGCUGGGGAAAUGGCUUUGCUUUAGGAGAAAAACCUCUUGUGCGAAGGUUUCACAGGAGCGGAAUUCUGCUGGACGCAGAAGUGCUGGACUGCCAAAAAUCUCACCACCUCCAAGAUUUGCAUUUUGAAUGUAAUAAGUUUACAGUUUCUUUAAAAUUGUGACUUUCUGCAUCAGGGAAAUGAGGACCUUGUCCGAUAUUCUAUUUUUGUAGGCAGAGUUGUUGUUUUUCUGUACUUAAUAUUAAAAUGGGGAGAAGUUUACCAUGCCAAAGACUACUUUUAAUUGCAAUGUGAGAACCGCUACAUCGGAUAGAAACGUCCGAAACCAUCAUCUGUCUUGGUUAAAAAUGGAGCAGAGCCAUUCCAUUCCUUCUCUGUAAGAGUCCUGCCCAGCACUCUUCCUUAUUGAUAUCAAAUGUCUACGUGGGUUCUUAGAGCUUUACAUAGUCAGACACUGCAGGGUUGACUGUCAAUGGGACCAGUACCACUGCUCACACAUUUGGAAACAAAGGGCGUGAAGGUAAUUACAAAAAUAUGGGAGGAGAAACUAUUUCAUAGUCCUCUGGAACUGUUUUUACUGAAUUCGGACCUCUGCAAACUUCUGCAGAUGCUCACCGUCCCUCUUGUGGUGAAAGAUGGAAGCGGGCAUGUAGACACACAUAGGUCUCACCCCACAAAACCUGGCACAUGAAACAUGUUGUGGUGUUUGGAGCCCACGCAUUCAGGUAGAUGCCUAGGCUUGGCUUCCUUAUUGAGGAGGGAUGGAUUAUUAGUGGGGUCUGUGGGCAACUUCCUGCACCCUGCUGUCUGUAGAUAGUAUGGGGAGGGGUGUGUAAGCCUCAGUUCCAGGUAUUUUCCUCCCAACUGAGCCAACCAUGGACCAUUUUCUUAACGUUGAAAGGUAAACGUUUAAAGUUACCUCUUGGGGAAAAGAAGAUUAAAGCACAUUAAUGCCCCUCUGGUUGUUACUGAGUCUUAAAAUAGUCCCACGGUUUUGCUUUUCUUGUUGCAGACCAAAUUAUUCAGGUUAGGGGUUUUUUGUGCUCCAAAGAAUACACAUAUUGUCUCCAGUUAGUCAUGUCCUCUGCGUCAACAAUACUUUCUGGCCUUGAGAUUUGGUGAAUUGCUUUUAUGACUGAUGUAGUGAAAAAAAAAUCUCUUCUCUUUAGGACAGGAGUUCAGCCGUGUUUCAUCACAAUGUUUUAUCAUUUCCCACCCUUUCCUUUUAAAAUUUCGAUGCAUGCCAAUUCGUCGGCUUGACACCAAAGCUGAAUCGUGUCCAUUGCUGAUUUGCUAGAAUCCUUGCCCUGAACUGUUAGAUCCCCGUCUCCUAGCUGCCCAGGCCUUAUUUGAAUCUGAAGGCUUUGCAGAUCGGUUCAUUCAGUGGGUUUCCGUCCAUUUUUCAUCAUGGAAGUCCCCAGCCGCUUGGGGGACCUCGUUGCUGAAUAUAACUUUACUCUGAAACUUCAGUUACAGAGCUAAUGAUUUUAGACACCUUUGUUUGUUUUUUUUUUAACUUCAGUGUCAUACUUGAAUGAAAGGACCUCAAGUAACGCCUGUAGCAAAGACUGCUUUUUAAAUGAAAUUUCGGUAUUGAGUAUUUCUAGGUCUGCUUUAUCUUAGGCUGCUAAGCAGUGCUCCUGAACUACUCGGAAGUUGUCACUUGUUGGUUUCAUUCAAUCUGGGAGUUGGUAAACCAAUGAAUGUAGUGUGUUGGGAUGCUAUACUUGAUAUUCUAAAAUGUCUAAGCCUUAAAAUAUAAAAUUUACUGUACUGUGGCUUGAGAAAACAAAGUCGUCAGCUUUAUAAAUUCACUCCGCUUUCAGUUUUUCUCAACACUGAGUUUUUUUGAAAAAGGUAUUAUCAGACUCUUCUCAUGUAAGACAAUAAACACAAUUGUCUGGAAUGUA